AUAAUAUUAUGCAUUAUAAUGAUAUAUGCAUAUCAUUUAUAUCGAUUUGUCAUCUCAAGACAGUCUAAAAUAUACGAGGGCAAAUCAAUAAGUACCUGUGUUAGUAAUGAAGCAAGCUUUUUACAAAAAUUUUUUUUUAUUUUUCAACGUAAUCCCCUUUUAGGAGGAUACACUUUUUUCAACGCUUUUGCCAUUUUUUUAACCCCUCAGAAAAAUGCGAUUUGAUUCGAACUCUGCAAAAUAGGUCUCUGUUUCGGCGAUGACCUCCUCAUUCGACGUGAAUUUCUUUCUACCGAGCCAUUUUUUUAAGUUUGAAAACAAGAAGAAGUCACAUGGGGCUAAAUCCGGAGAGUACGAUCGAUGUAGCAAUUCGUAGCGCAAUUCGACCAUCAAAUUGACCUUUAAAAUUGACCUUUGAAAUUGUUAAUCCGCAUCCGGUUGUUAUCCACCGUGAGCAAUCGCGGCACUUAUCGGGCCGAUAGUUUUUUUCAUUCCCAAAUUAUCAUGCAAAAUUGAAUGUCGUUCGAUACGUCUACGGUCUCUGCUACUUCAUGCACUUUCGGCGAUCGUCUAGAAUUAUGUCGUGGACUUUUUCAACGAUUUCUUCAGUAACCACGUCUGCCGGGCGGCUUGGGCGCUCCUCAUCAAAAACAGAUGAACGAUCACGUUGGAAUUCGUUGAACCAAUAUCUGACGGUUGUCAUAGAUGAAGAGUUCUCAUAGACAGGCAUCCAACUUCGUUUUUAUUACUUCAUACGUUUUUCCAUCCAAAAAUAAGAAACGAAUCACGGAUCGAUAUUGCUCUUUUUCCAUUGUAUCGGAAAACAUCAAACACGCUCACUACGAAUUGCUGUCAAAUUAAGAGUGUUGCAUGAAUCACUCUGAAAUUUUGUAUGGCGUCGUUUGAAAGAUGGUAGUACCCGAUGGUAAUGUCAACUUGCAUCAACAACACCUGUCUUGAAACACGGGUACUUAUUGAUUUGUCCUCGUAAAUAGCCAGCGCAGAUCUUUGCGAAGCAUAAGAAAAUCAAUCUUUUGCGUCUUUUAUUUAAAAAAAAAGAAAGAAGAAAAAAUGUUAUGCUCCAUCCUAAGAAUCGACUACGAAUAUCAACCUCUAUAUAUAAUAUUUAAGGUCUGAGCUAUCGCUUGCUUUACUGCGCAUGUACCAAAUCGGUCGUAUCAGAAUUAGUGUUCCGACUCCGAUAGGCGGCAGGCAUCGCACAUUGCACAAUUGACGUUUAUACCAAUCUGUACUCAGCUGUUAGCCUUAUCAUCGUGAAUUUAUUUUUGAGAUUUCUGACUGAUCCAAACAGUUAUCUCAUUCACUGCGGAAGAGAUACAUCAUCGCUCAGAUAUGACGGACUCCAAUAAGCCUAUUCCUUUUUAUUACUCCACGAGUGGUAACAAAGAGGAAGAUGAGAAAUUAUUGGAACCAAUUAGGUAUAUUCUUCAAGUUCCCGGAAAACAAAUAAGAAUAAAAUUAGCAAAAGCUUUUAAUUAUUGGCUAAAGAUAUCAGAUGAUAAAGUCCAAGAAAUCGAUGAUAUAAUAAAUAUGCUUCACAAUUCGAGCAUUCUUUUUUGGUUAUUGCGAAAAAUAUUACUGAAAUCUCCGUCAAAUCAAAAGGACAUCCUUAUGGAAUUCGAGACCUUCGAGUUUGAAUCCUGGCCGAGGAUUGAUGAUAUUCAAGAUAAUUCCAUUCUGCGAAGAGGCAUUGUUGCACAUUCAGUUUAUGGAACUGCUAGCUCAUUAAGUGCUGCAAAUUAUGUAUUAUUCAUUGCUUUGGAAAGAGUUAUUAAUUUAAAACAUCCAGAGGCAACGCAAGUAUAUAUGGAGCAAUUAUUAGAACUUCAUAGAGGUCAGGGAAUGGAUAUUUUUUGGAGAGAUAAUUUCAUCUGUCCAACUGAGGAAGAUUACAAGAUUAUGACAAUAAGAAAAACUGGUGGGCUUUUCAAUUUAGCCGUAAGAUUGAUGAAACUGUUCUCAACUUAUGAAGAAGAUUUUUCAUCAUUAAUAGCUACUUUAGGAUUAUAUUUUCAAAUACGCGAUGAUUAUUGCAACUUGUGCCUCGGUGAGUACACUGAGAAUAAAAGUUAUUGUGAAGAUUUAACUGAAGGAAAAUUCAGCUUUCCGAUUAUUCAUGCCCUUAGAAGCAAUCCUGACGAUAGACAAAUAAUAAAUAUUGUACGACAACGGACAAAGGAUAUCGAAGUGAAACGUCAUUGCAUUAAAUUAUUAGAGAGAUUUGGUUCCUUUAAAUACACGAGAAAUGUACUUGAAGAAUUGGAUUCGACUGCGAGGGCUGAAAUUGAACGAUUAGGUGGUAACCCGCUUCUGGUGAAGAUUCUGGACGAACUUAAGAAUUGGGAUACCCAAGAUGCACCUAAGGAUCCUUUAACUGGAACGUUUUAAGUUUAAUGUUAUUUUUUUUUUGUAAAACGUCAAAAAAUAGCAUUACAUAGAUUUUUUAAAUUAUAUUAUAUAAAAUAGGUGUAAUGAUACAAGUGGCAAAGGAAUACUUAUAUUGUGACAUAUUAUGUAUAAAUUAUGUAAAAAAAUAUAAUGAUCCGUAUUCAAAACGUUAUAACAAUGUUAGCGCGCUAACGCAUACUUUAUGUUACGCAUAUAGAAUUUCAGAAAUAAAAGCGCGUUCUGAAUACGGGCCAAUAUAUAUAAAAGUAUACAA